AUCACUACUAACACAAACACCUCUUGUUUCUUUCCAUCUUUUCCUCUAAUUCUAAGAAUAUUAUUAGUGAGGAUCUAAUAACAUAAGCAUUGGAGGUGUCAAGUUUUUUCUUUCUACCCAUGACUGCUAUGGCCAGUAGCCCCAAAAGGGGUCAUAACUGGCCACCAAUGGCAAUGGCAUUGGCCAUUGUUUUGAUUUCCACUACUGUAGUUUCUGCUGCUGCAGAUAGUUAUAUUUACUCUUCACCUCCACCACCUUACGAGUACAAGUCACCUCCACCACCCUCACCUUCACCACCACCACCAUAUGUGUACAAGUCACCCCCUCCUCCACCAUAUGAGCACAAGGCUCCAUCUUAUGUCUACAAAUCACCACCACCUCCUUAUGUUUACAAGUCACCCCCUCCACCAUCCCCAUCACCACCUCCUCCAUACAUUUACAAGUCUCCACCACCACCACCAUAUGAGCACAAGGCUCCAUCAUAUGUGUACAAGUCACCAUCUCCUCCAUCUCCAUCGCCACCACCUCCUUAUGUAUACAAGUCACCGCCUCCUCCAUCUCCAUCGCCACCACCUCCUUAUGUAUACAAGUCACCGCCUCCUCCAUCUCCAUCACCCCCACCACCAUACUAUUACAAGAGUCCUCCACCACCCUCUCCCUCACCUCCACCUCCUUACUACUACAAAUCUCCUCCACCACCCUCUCCCUCACCUCCACCUCCUUACUACUACAAAUCUCCUCCACCACCAUCACCUUCACCUCCUCCACCAUACUAUUACAAGUCUCCACCACCACCACCUUCCUCACCACCACCUCCAUAUUACUACAAAUCUCCCCCACCACCCUCACCCUCCCCUCCCCCACCAUACUACUACAAGUCUCCUCCACCACCAUAUAUACACAAGGAUCCACCAUACUACUACAAGUCCCCACCACCACCUUCACCAUCUCCUCCUCCACCCUACUACUACAAAUCUCCCCCACCUCCUUCACCAUCUCCACCACCACCAUACUACUACAAAUCUCCUCCUCCUCCAUCUCCUAUUCCCCAUACCCCUUACUACUACAAAUCUCCUCCCCCUCCAUCUCCUAUUUCCCAUACUCCAUACUACUACAAGUCCCCACCACCACCCAAGGUCCUUCCACCACCAUACUAUUAUAACUCUCCCCCUCCACCUGUUGCAUAUCCUCACCCAAAUCCCUACCACCACUCAUUAAUUGUGAAGGUAGUCGGUAAAGUCUACAGCUUCAGGUGCUAUGACUGGGAGUAUCCAGAAAAAUCUCAUGACAAGAAACAUCUAAAAGGUGCUGUUGUUGAGGUGACAUGCAAAGCUGGGAGCAAAAUCAUUAAGGCUUAUGGUAAAACUAAGAUCAAUGGAAAGUACAGCAUCACAGUUGAGGACUUUGACUAUGUCAAAUAUGGUGCCACAGUGUGCAAAGCCGCCCUUUAUGCUCCACCUAAAAGCUCCCCCUUUAACAUACCUACUAAGCUAAACGAAGGAACUAAAUUGUACUUGUAUUCCAAAGACAAGUAUGAGGUUGUGCUUAAGGCUAAGCCAUUUGCUUAUGCUUCAAAGAAACAUUUUAAAGAAUGUGAGAAGCCCAAGCCUUCACCAACUCCAUACUACUACAAAUCACCUCCACCUCCCACACCAGUUUAUAAGUACAAAUCACCACCUCCACCGGUCCAUUAUUAUUCACCUCCAUAUUACUACAAGUCACCUCCUCCUCCUGUGAAAUCACCAUCAACUCCUUACUACUAUAAAUCACCUCCACCUCCCUCACCGGUUUACAAGUACAAUUCACCACCUCCACCGGUUUACAAGUACAAGUCGCCUCCUCCCCCAGUCCAUUACCCCUCACCGGUUUACAAGUACAACUCACCACCACCACCGGUUUACAAGUACAAGUCCUCUCCUCCCCCAGUUCAUCACCCCUCACCAAUUUACAAGUACAACUCACCACCUCCACCAGUUUACAAGUACAAGUCGCCUCCUCCCCCAGUCCAUUACCCCUCACCGGUUUACAAGUCCAACUCACCACCUCCACCAGUUUACAAGUACAAGUCGCCUCCUCCCCCAGUCCAUUACCCCUCACCGGUUUACAAGUACAACUCACCACCUCCACCAGUUUACAAGUACAACUCACCUCCACCUCCCUCACCAGUUUACAAAUACAACUCACCGCCUCCACCGGUCCAUCAUGACUCAACCCCAUAUUACUAUAAGUCACCUCCACCUCCUUCACCGGUUUACAAAUACAACUCACCACCUCCACCGGUUCAUCAUGAUUCUCCCCCAUAUUACUACAAGUCACCCCCACCUCCCUCACCGGUUUACAAAUACAACUCACCACCUCCACCGGUUUAUCGUGAUUCUCCCCCAUAUUACUACAAGUCACCUCCACCUCCCUCACCGGUUUACAAGUACAACUCACCACCUCCACCGGUUCAUCGUGAUUCUCCCCCAUAUUACUACAAGUCACCUCCACCCCCCUCACCGGUUUACAAGUACAACUCACCACCUCCACUAGUCCAUUAUUAUUCUCCUCCAUACUACUACAAGUCACCUCCUCCUCCAGUCAAAUCGCCACCACCUCCAUAUUAUUACAAGUCCCCACCUCCACCUUCACCCUCUCCUCCUCCUCCAUACUAUUAUAAAUCUCCUCCACCACCUUCACCAUCCCCUCCACCACCUUAUUAUUACAAAUCUCCUCCUCCACCCAAAGCAAUAUCACACCCUCCAUACUACUACAAGUCACCACCCCCACCAUCACCAUCACCUCCUCCACCAUACUAUUAUAAGUCCCCACCACCACCAUCACCAUCUCCGCCACCACCUUACUAUUAUAAAUCACCUCCUCCACCUAAAGAGAUUUCAAACCCACCAUACUACUAUAAGUCACCACCUCCACCGUCACCAUCCCCUCCACCACCUUACUAUUACAAAUCUCCACCACCACCAUCACCAUCACCACCACCUCCCUACUAUUACAAAUCUCCACCACCUCCAUCACCAUCUCCACCCCCUCCCUAUUAUUACAAAUCACCUCCACCACCCUCACCAUCACCGCCACCUCCUUACUAUUACAAAUCUCCCCCACCUCCAUCUCCAUCUCCACCACCUCCUUAUCACUAUCAAAGUCCUCCUCCGCCAUCUCCCGUUUCUCAUCCUCCUUACUACUACAAAUCCCCUCCACCACCAUCGCCAUCUCCUCCACCUCCUUACCACUAUGUAAGUCCUCCCCCACCAGUAAAGUCACCUCCACCACCUGCUUAUAUCUAUGCUUCUCCACCACCGCCGAUCUACAAUUAGUCUUGGAACACCAAAGCACUAAACGCGAUAAAUCAUGUUCUAGUUUUCAUGAAGAGAUAAAAGCAAGCUCCAUUUGGAGCAAAGUGAAACAUCUAUCUUCCAGUCCAAAUUCUUCAAAUAAAAGUCCGAAUAUACCACCUUUGAGCUACGGUAUUCGUGAUCUAGAUGAGAUUGAGUUUAUUUAUUUGCUGGUCAUCUUGCACUUCCUAAUCUUACUGUGUUCAAGUGUCGAGAAAUCAAAAAGUGGAAGCAAGAAUAAUUUAUUUGUGAUCUAUUUGAUUUAUAUGUGCAUAUAUUAUUAUUCCGUGUUUGAUAAAUUUUAUUUUUAUUAAGUAUUUUAUGUAUUGUACCUUGCUGCUGUGUUUGGAAAAUAAGUAUUAUUAAUGAAGAGUUACAUUCAAUUUCUUUCCACCUAAUUAGUUCUUGUUUCUUUCAUACAACUAUCAAGUGGUUAGCAACGCAAAGCACACCCCCAUAUCACCAUAAUAUGCAUCCUUAUUCAUUGCAUAUGAGAUAGAAAAAUGAGCUAAUUAUUUCUAACU